GUCGAUGUUGUCUCAAGGGAGAAGUUUUGAAGAGAAGUAUUUAUUUUAUAUCCUUUUUCCUUUUCUCGAAUUGUGUUUGGUGUUACGUUGAGUAUUAAAUUCGAAUGUAGUAAUUAAUAAAUAUUCUAAUUUAUAUAUCGCGUAUCAUAUCGAGUUUCCGAACGACUGCAUAUUCGAACGCAUAAUAUGGUUGAAGUGAGUGCCCUGAAAUCCAUCUCGUACUAGUUUAACCAACUUGUAACUUUCGAAUACGUGACCCGAUUUUGUUUUAUUAAAUAAACUUGCAUUCUUUUUAAUCUCGAGAUGAAAAUUUCACGUAAAUUUGAGUCGAAAGGGUGGUAAAUCGUCGUGAACAGAUGUUGAACGCGGUUGUAAUCAUCCAUUGAACUUUGAAGUAACUUUAUUAUUUUUGAUGAUGACCUGAUAGUGAUACUACGACAAGAUGAAUUUCACUCCUACAUUUUUGACUCCAUUCACUUCGACUGCACUACCGGUGAAUAGUGCUUCGGUUCCUCAGUUAUCGACAGCUAAAUUUGCUAGUGCUGCUACGACUACCGGAGGAGGUCAAGUAGUAGCCGUAUUGAACAGCGAUGAAAGCGGUGUCACCUACUUAAGACCCAUAGAUACCCAUGGAUUUGUUAAUUUAGGCGGUGCUCUGAAUAAUCAGCAACAUAAUCAAAUCAUUACAUUGCCUAUAACUAUACCUGGAUCAAAACCGGGUGAACAACCUCAACAGCAAACCUUACAAAUCCAAGUGGUGAAUCCCAAUUCAGGUGGUAAUUCUGAUAAAGUUUUACCUCUAUCUUUGCAACAUUUUGGUCAAGUCUUACAUGUAGCUUAUAAUCAUCAAACCGCUGAUGGAUUACAAUUACAGUUGCAGACAUCCGAUGUUGGCGAAGAGAUUACUGGUGAUCAAACAAAUAGUAGUGAUAAUGAUAAUAAUUCUUCGCAGUCAUUAGAUCAACAAGGAAUGAAUAGCGAUAGUCCGGUACUAGAUGUUAAACCUACAUUAGCUGAAUUGCAUCAGCAGCAAGAUCAACAUGCAGCCGCGUAUCCAUUAACGGUUGUCGUUCCUCCGGAAAUAAUCCUACGUACUGCGUUAGGCGAUAGUGUGAUUGAAACAAACGACAAAAAUGCUGAAGAUUCCAAAGAAAAAGAACGCCUCAGAGACGGUAUGAAUUCGUGGCAAGCAGCACCUGUUACUUCGUCAGUAGCCGAGUACUUAUCGCAUCUACCUGCCGAUUCGUUGCCCUUAUCGUUGCAUCAUUUCUUGAAGUUUUCUAAUGAUACUAUCAAACGUGAAUCAGCCGUUGAAUCUUCUCCUUUAUCGAACCCCGAUGAUGGUACUGAAGGACAUAUGCUUGAAAUGAAUCCCGAUGAUCCUGAAAAUGAUCAGUUGAAAGGUAAAAAGAAGAAGAAGUAUAAGAAAAAACCUCCAAAACCCCGUCGUCCUAGACCUGGUCAAGUACACAUUGCUACAGCUUUAGAUGGCACGUUGCUAUUCUGCUGUCCUGAGUGUAAUAUGGCAUACCCUGACAAAGAAAUGCUGGAACAGCAUUUGGUAGCACAUAAAAUUGAUCGACGAUAUAUUUGUGAUAUAUGUGGUGCUGGUUUGAAGAGAAAAGAACACUUGGAGAGACAUAAACUGGGUCAUAAUCCGGAACGACCUUACGUUUGCGAAGUCUGUACCAAAGGUUUCAAACGAAAAGAACAUCUAAACCUACACGCGGUGAUACACUCGGGUGAAAAGACCGAAAUCUGCGGCGAAUGCGGCAAAGGCUUCUACCGGCGUGACCAUCUACGUAAACACACCAAAAGUCACAUCGCCAAACGCAUGCGCGAAGAACUACACCAACAGCAACAGCAACUUCACCAGUUGCAAGAACAACACCACCAGCAACAGCAGCAGCAACAACAACAACACCAACAACAUCAUACGAUUCUUAUCACGACACCUCAAGAAAACGGCAACGGCGAUCAUUCAAAUACUUUGAUAAUCCAGGCUAAUCCGGCGGCUCUCGCAGCAGCCGCUCAAGCCGCCGUCAACGAUCAUCACGUAGACGGCAGUGGGCAGCUGAUGAACUCCAACUCUCCCGAUCCUCUCGAAGGUGCUGUGAUCCUACCGGCGACCACGACCGGUGACGAGAACGGCCAUCAACCGUCGCUCAUCAUACAACAACGAACCAUCCAGCAAGAUCAACAGCAACAAUGUGAUGAGAUGGACCAAUCUCAACAAACGCAAACUACGCAAUGUAUUUUAAAACAGGAGCCAUGAGAUAUGCUUUCUGAUUGCAUUGAUGAGUAUAUCUUGGGUAUGUGAUUGUGAAUGCAGCAACCUCAGCGACGACCGCCGCAUCUCUAAAAAUCCACUACUCUCUCAUUCGAAUUGAACGCACAACGGUGUACAGAUCCUUUUUUUUUCGAUAAAUCGAGAUUUAUCGAUUCGCAAGCACUUCGAUGUGAGGGUAAGUUGAUUCGUGAGAUGCUCUCGUGUGUCUAUUUGUUCAAUCUGCCUCUUCCCUCGAACUACCUCUUAAGUAUCCUAGGUCGUACUUAACAUGUUUUAUCCUUCGACUUCUCACGAUAGAAAAAAAAACUCCUCUACGGAUGAUUAUAUAUUUUCUAAAUUAAGAUUCAUCAAUGCAAUCGAUUUAAAACAAAAACCAAAAAAAAAAAAGAAAAACUUGUAAAAUGUAUAUUAUUAUUUCGCAGUAUUCACAUUUCUCUCUGCUCGGCUCAUUUUAUCUUUGUACUUUUUUUUGUUUUCGAUGAUUAUGUAAAUAUUUUACGUUGUGUUAAUUGGCGAGAAAGAAAUGAUUUGGAGAGAAUUGGAUCAUAUGGUAGCACUGAAGUAUUUUUUCGUGAAAAAAUAUUUAAGUAUAUUGGUAACUGGUAUUAGGGUCUGGUAUCUGUUUUAUUCAUUUUUUCCCCCUUUUGUGUACGUAUUUAUUCAUUUGACAAUUUAUACAUACUAUUUUUCGCGAUCUGUUGUUUGUUUCGUUAUUAUGAUUAUUGUUUUGUUCGACGUUGUUGAAGUUGAAGUAAAAAAAAAAACGACCUGGUUCGUUUUUCGUAUUUAAUUAGUAUGAUAGAUAACUGUUAUAAUUUUUAAUAUUGUGUAAAUUUGUUUAUAUUUUUAGUCUGCGAUUAUCGUUGCAUUGCGUUUGCGCGCGCACUGUGGGUCCUUGAUGGAAAAAUCGUCGUUGUCUUCCAGUCCCUCCAUUCUUCGUCGUAGUAUAUAUUUUCAGUUUUACUAUCCUGAUGUGUGAUGUUUAGUGGCGUUGCCGAGGAGGGGGGCAAUUGGGGUGAUUGCCCUCUUCUUGAAUAUGAAAAAAAAAUUUCGUUUUUUGAACCAAUUUUUGAAAAAUUUUCACUCGAGCAGUCAUUUUGCCUUCUUUUUAAAAAAAAAAUGAAAUAUGUAGUUUUUCAGAAAAUUACCUCAAAUUUUGAUUUUUUGUAUACUUGAAAAUGUAGUUUUACCCCCUCUUUGGCAAAAUCUUGGGUACGCCACUGCUGAUGUAAAAAUUUUAGGGCUAAAUUAUUAAUUUUUAUCAUUUACCAUAAUACUUUCCCCUCCCCUCCUCGUCAUUGCCCAAUGUUCUAGUUUUCGGAUGAAGUACCUUGAUCAACUACGUACCUACCUAUGUGGUUUUCGAAUCAUAUUUUCAUGAUUUUGUUUCCUGUUUUAUUCGGCUUAAUGUCGAUGAUAUUUUUAAUUUCAUCGAAUUUUUUGUCUGCUUUUUGUUGGGUGUGUUUAGAUUCGAGGUGUUUUGUUGUAUAGGUUUAAUUUUUUUUUUGUUCUGUAAACGUGUACAUUUCAAAGAAGGAUCUAAUGUCCUGAAACAUUUAUGUUUAGGUAUUAAUGGCACCAAAGUUUUUAAUCGUUACUGAGGUCGUGAUGCAAAUCUGAACUAUUUGACGUGAAAAGAUUCGUUGUUGUUGCUGUGGCCUAGAUCGAGAAAGGGAAAGGUUAUGAAUACGUUGUACCCAAUUUUGGGUCAUUUUUUUCCUGAUUGGUUGAUCUGGAAAGCAGGUCGUCAUUGGAACUUUUAAAAAUUUAUUAUCGUUGGAAAUUUUAAGAAUUUAGAGAGCUUGUGAGCAUUUCGAGUUGUUUAAUGUGGAAAUAAUAAUUAUGGAUCAAAGUCGUGAAACUUGGAUUUUUUCAUGCUCUCUUCCUUUCCCUUGCUUCCUUUCAACGGGUGAGAAGCAGUUUUAACUUGUUGAAAUUGUAUCAAUUUUAUAUCAAAUUCCUGAAAAUUUUUCCAUCCAACGUUUUCUUUGAAAUAUGUGCUUUUGGCGUCAAAAUGUGCAGAUUUAAUGUAUGGCUGAGUAACGUUAAUUUUUCUUAUAGGUAUUAUUAUUAUUAUGAGGAUGAAAAAAUUCUAAUUAGUGUGAUCACUGAUCUGCGUAUUCAUGUUCAAAUCGGAGAGAAGCUAUGUCGAAUAUUUGUGUGUGAUUGCAGCCUUUAAAAAAAAAACAAAAAAAAAACGCUCGUUUGUCUAUAAACCAUUCUGUUUUAGUAUUCUUUUCAAUUCAAUAUUUUUCGUCGACUUUUUUACUAAUAUUUAACGUAUCCAAAGUUCAUAAGGCUUUCAGAUGAUUUGAUAAUUCUGUAAAAAUUGUUUUUACGAGACAAACGACCAAAAAAAGUCAAAGAAGAACUCUUAGACUAAAAUGUUUAAAAUUUUGUUCUAGACACGUGGUUUUACAUAGUUUGUUUUUAAUGUAUCUAUUUUACGAAUGGAAUAUGUCUACGUAUGUGUCGAGAGAUGAAGAGAUGAACGUAUAAUUAUUUCGUGCGUAUUUGUGAUCAGAUAAUCUGAUAAAAAAGGUUGUUUUUGUUUUCUUUUCAUUCAUUUUCAUAGCGUAAAUAUUAAGUACUUGUUUGUUUUUAUCCUUUUCUGAUUUGUACAAUUUGUUUUGUAGACAUUUUCUUUUUGUUUGAAAAAUUUUCUAAGGAAAUACGAAGCCUACAUCAGGAAAUCAGACUGUGAUAUUAAAAUUAACGUUGAUGAAAGUACGUAUCUCGAUACCUUUGAGCACGUACCUUAUCCAAAUUUCAUUAUUUAGCAGUCUCUUGAGCUUUUAUGAUUUUUAGUGAACAAAUUCCAUACGGUCAAAGGUGGAAAUUUUUUUAACCGUUUCGUUUUGUUUCAUUUUAAGCAUUUUUUUAAAAGCAAAUUCUUUGGUACUGGUUACCAAUGAGAAUUGUCUUGUAUGGAUUUCAAACAUAUUCGAAAAGGAAAUCAUUGCGGAAAUUUGUAUUUUAUUUAUAAAUUUAAAUAAAAAAAAAACGCUAUUUAUCGUGUACUAACCUUAUAAACCUUGACCUCGUUAUAAUUGUUAAAUAGAAGAAAAUUUACAAAAUGAAUUUUAUUUUCGGUGUCGUGAGUUUCUCUCCGAGUCCGAGGGCCAAUGAUUAUUGAAAAAUGACAAUAAGAUAAGCGUUUGUAAAAUUUUACUUUUUUGAUUAUCGUACUAUACAUUUCUUCGAUCGAUUGUAAAUAAUUUAUUAUUAUCGGGAAACAGGGUUUUUUUAUAAUUAAUUUUUACUAUCGACGAAAAAGGAAAAAAGUUUUUUCUCGUUUGUAAGAUUUCUUUACGACGUUAUAUUUAUUUUAGCCAUUAUAGCAAUAAUUUGUGUAAGUUUAAUGUUGAAAUUACUUUUGUACUCUCAAUACAUAUUUGUAUCAGUUUUAUUAUUAAACCGGAUUUUCUCCCAGAG